AUGAAGUCUCAGCUAAUCGAAAUAUCUGGUGGUUACAUACUCAACCAAGCAACGCAAUUGAAUCAUCUUGCUGCAAACGAGUUUCAACUCCAAAAUAAUAGUGAUCGCACUUGCUUGAGGAAGAAGCCUCGCAUUGGCUUAGACUUUGUUGAGCAAGUGUCAUUCUUCCGAUCGAUUGAUAUUCUGGUUGCUUCACAUGGCGCUCAGCUCACUGGUGUGGCCUUUAAGAAUGCACGCUGUUCUCACCUAGUCGAACUUUUUCCCAAGGGUUAUGCCAUUCCAGAUUUCUUUGGUUCCCUUGCGAUCAACAGUGGAAAAAAGUAUUCGUAUCUUUACAUGUCUGAAAACUCGUUCCGAACCGAGCAAUCUGUUGCAUUUGCGGAUCGGCGACAGGCGCGAUCCGUCAACCUUUGUCCUUCUCCCAGCAUGAUGACGUCAAUACUUGGCGAAUUGUCAGACAGCUGGAGAACAUGUUGUGAAGAAAAAUAG